CCCCGCCGCAAGAAUAAUCAGGAGCGGAGAAAACCCUCUCCCUCCCUCCCCUGCGGCGGCGGCGGCAGCGGCGCUACCACGGUUGGGGAAUUCCAUCGAACAGAUGGCGGCUGCCUCAAUCUUGCGGUCGGAGCGCAGGACCGUCCUGCCCUACCUCCGCCGCCUCCUCCACUCCUCCGCCGCCGCCUCCACUCCUUCGCCCAGCCGCUUCCUCCGCCACGCCUCGCCGGUGCCCCGCGACCCCGACCACUCCCCGUUCCUCCGCCUCCCCGCCGCGCGCGUCACCCAGCUCCCCACCGGCCUCCGCGUCGUCACGCAGGCGUACCCGGCCGCCACGCGGAUGGCCUCCGUGGGCGUCUGGGUCGACGCCGGCAGCCGGUUCGAGCUGCCCGGCACCAACGGCACGGCGCACUUCCUCGAGCACAUGGCCUUCAAGGGCACCACGCGCCGGCCCACCGCGCUCGCGCUCGAGGUGGAGAUCGAGAACAUGGGCGCGCGCCUCAACGCAUACACCUCCCGCGAGCAGACUACCUACUUCGCCGAUGUGCAGGGGCGGGACGUGCCCGCCGCGCUCGAUGUCCUAAGCGAUAUCCUCCAGUACCCUUGCUUCCCCGCGAAUGCCCUCAAGCGCGAGCGCGGCGUCAUCCUCCGCGAGAUGGACGAGGUGCAAGGAAUGAUGGACGAGGUGAUAUUUGAUCACUUGCAUGCUGCAGCAUUCCAGGGCCAUCCGCUUGGUGACACAAUAUUAGGUCCUGUAGAGAAUAUUAAAUCGAUCUCAAAGAAAGAUUUGGAGCAAUACAUUUCAACUCAUUAUACCUGUCCUCGAAUGGUUGUGUCUGCUGCUGGAGCUGUCAAUCAUGAUGAGCUUGUUGAUCAAGUGAGAGAAUAUUUUACAGAGUUAUCUACUGAACCAACGACUGUAGAUCAACUUGUUGAAGCAAAUCCAGCUAUCUUUACUGGAUCUGAGGUUCGUGAGGAGAAACCGGAGAUGCCUCUAACGCACUUUGCAAUUGCUUUCAAGGGUUCAUCAUGGGCUGACCCUAGCUCAAUUCCUCUUAUGGUGAUCCAAAGCAUAUUGGGAACUUGGAAUAGGAGUGUUGGGGUUGGGAACUGCUCAGGGUCUGCCUUAGCUCGUGGUAUCAGCAACGGUAAUUUAGCUGAGAGCAUGAUUGCAUUCAACACUAACUACAGAGAUACAGGGUUGUUCGGCAUCUACGCUACUGCUAAGCCCAAUUCCCUAUAUGACCUAUCACAGUUAAUAAUGCAAGAAUUUAGAAGACUUGCAUUCAAAGUGUCAGAAACAGAGGUUGCCCGUGCUCGUAAUCAGUUGAAAUCUGCUCUUUUAUUUCACAUUGAUGGAUCCACCGCAGUUUCUGAAAAUAACGGCCGCCAGAUGCUAACAUAUGGGCGAAUAAUGCCAUUCUUAGAGCUUUUUGCUCGCAUUGAUGCUGUUGAUUGUGCUACGAUAAUGGAAACAGCCAAGGAUUUCAUAAUUGACAAGGAUAUCGCCCUUGCUGCAGUGGGACCACUCACGAAUUUGCCGGAGCUUAGUUGGUUUCGCUCACAAACAUGCUAGGGCGAUGAAUUUAUUUAUUUCAAAAAUAUUCUUUCAGGAUCCACAGAAAAAUUGAAGCCCGGGUCCUGGUAGUGUUGUGUAUCUCUAGCUUACCCAAGAAAUAGUCAAUCUUAUUAGGUAACAUCAAGCAUUUUAGUUAUUACUAUUCGUUGGAUGCUCUCUUUCUAUUUGAUGCUAUCUGGAAAAUAACAUUUUUUGUGCUCGUUCUGAUUGUAAGCUCCUUCCGUUCACCAUUUUACUUUGAAAUGACAAACGAAAAGAGUUAAAGCUGAAACACAUCACAUUUAAGUACAUGUAUUCCCUGUGUCCACAAAUAUAAGCACAAGAGAUGUCCUCAUACAAUACACUAGUAAGAGCAUCCUCAACAGCUCAUUUAAAUUUAGUCAUCCAUAUCUUCAUUUGGAUGAUCAUCUAAGCCAGUUUUAUCCUUCGUAUCUCUUUGUAUUCCACUAGAUCAUUCAUAUAU